CCUAAGACUAAGCAUCGAGCAGUCCGCACUUGUUGUAAGUAGCCAAUUUAGCAAGCUAGUGAUGCCUUUUCCUUGUAGCACUUAAAUGUGUUUUUGCACAAAUUGACGAGGACAGCUGCAAUUCGACAAUAUGACCGCUGCAAUGGGUGCUCCAUGUCCCCCUGGGACAUCGGUACAGAAGAAAAGUAAAAAGGAGAAAAAGCACAAGAAAACGAAAAAGGCGGAAGGGUCUGAUGAUUUGGCAAGGGAGGACAAGACUACAGUGCUGCAUCGGCGGGACACCACAGAAGCAGCCGACGCGGAACAAGGCCUCAAAAAGGAAAAAAAGGAACAUAAAAAGAAGAAAAAACAGCAGAGUGGUGCGGAAUCGAUGGCGGACGAACAUCAUCCUGGGAAGGACAGCUUCGCUGGGGCUGUAGCGGCAAGCCAAAGCGGCACGACGACUGAGGAACCGCGGAAGGAUCUUGGCGAGAAAGAGAAAUCAACACCGAGAUUCGAUUUUGUUUUCGAGUGUUCAGAUAUCUGUGAUGAACCUACUGCCGGUAAUUCGGUGGACACGAACAAAAACGGCACUCGAGUCGAGCACAAAGGGCUGGCGUCUCCUUCCAGCAUUACCUCCACCUGCGAGAAAUCAUUAUCGAUUGCUUCUCCGAUUACGCAAGACAAGUGCGAUGCGCCGCAAAUUUGGUCAAGUUUCGAGAAUGCCGAGUUCGUAUCGCGAGUGCCCUUUUUUGUGCAGAAGUACCUGCGACGCGUUUUCUCAAAGCCGAGCCCCAUUCAAAGCUUGACGUGGCCGGUAUUGUGUGGCAAAGCGAUCAACACCUCGAAUAAACCACCCGCAGACACGAAAAUCGACACAAAUUUCAUCGGAAUCGCGCCCACGGGAACGGGAAAAACGUUUGCCUAUUUGGUGCCCCUGCUUGCACAAGUCACGAGUUUGAAGCGAAGUGGAAAGCACACACAGCCACCCGUGGCGCUGAUUCUUCUCCCGACUCGUGAGCUCUGUUGCCAGAACAAGAAGAUUUACGACGAAUUUCACCCGCGUGUUCGCAGUGCCAUGGUCUUUGGCGGAAAUUCCAAAGGGAAGCAGGUCUUUGCGCUGAACCGCGGCUGCGAUUUGCUCAUGGGAACGCCUGGCAGAUUGAACGACCUGUUGCAAGAGCAGAGCACUACAACUUCUACGACCAGUAGCAGCGACUCUAGACGACCCAGCAGUUCUUCGCCGGUGCAGAAGACAACGACAAGCAAAAAAGACACGAAGAACCAGGAUGACUCGAAAGACAGCGAUACCAUCAAAACUGAUGGGCAAAAAUCUGCUGGAGAACAAAAAAUAUCUGAAAACGGGAAGAAAAAAGCCAAAGGCACGACCGAAAUCAAGGAGCAGCUCACUUUGCGUAGUGAUCUGUUGUCAUCCUUGCAGGUUGUCGUAGUGGACGAAGGCGACCGGAUGGUAGAUUUGGGUUUCGAGCCGCAACUGCGCAAGAUUUUUGCCCGGGUGCACCACCCCUGUUCUGCCUGGUUCUUCUCCGCAAGCUGGUCGCCAACUGCUGACAAGUUGGCCCGGUCGUUCAUCCGAACUUUGAAAACUUCUACGCCGGAAGAAGUUGAAGGAGCGCCGGGAUCGACAGUCAAAAAAGAAGGACGUGUUGAAUCAGUGGAGGUGGCUGGAACACGAAGCGUGUAUUUUGUCCAAGUCGGACGCGAGUCAUCGCUAGCCCCACCGCAAGCGGCCGGCGAGCAGGUACCGGCAUCUUCACCGGACGCAGUCGAUAGCGGAGACCUUCCUGCCACCUCAACUGCCGACACAGCUCAGACAACUCCUCCUGGAGACAAGUUGUUGACCGAUGCAGUUUCCACUCCGGUGGCCAGUGCCAUGGGCGAAAGCGCCAUCAACUGCCGACAGGAGUUCUGUUUCUUCGAAGCCGACAAGAAGGGAUUUACCAACAGCGACGAGAAAGUUGCGAAGCUGGUCGAGAUCCUGCAGACCUACUCGCAGGAGCGGGUGCUGGUCUUCUGCAACAUGAAGAAAACAGUCACGUGGCUGCACGCGAAGCUUUUGGAACACGCCGACAAAUUCCCGGCCGCGCCGAAAGAGGAGAAAAUUGACACGACGGGAGAGGCUCAACCUGAAGAGAAACCUCAACCUGCAAGUGCAGAAGCGACAACGUCAACUGCGCCAGCAGCGCCCAAGCUGCGCCCGUACAUGAAGCGACCUUGGCACGUCAAUUUGCGCAUGAUGCACAGUGAUAUGGGUCAGGAGAAGCGCUGCGCGACGUACUUGCAGUUUAAGACCUGCAAGGUUCGGGUGUUGCUCGCGACCGACGUCAUUGGUCGGGGACUAAACGUGCUGGGCUUGAACGUCGUGGUCAAUUUCGACGCCGCCGAAAACGGCGAGGAUCAUUUACACCGCAUCGGACGAUGCGGACGGGACGGCAGUGCAGGCGGGGGAGUUGUUGCUGGGAACAUUGAAGACCGCUGCAAGGCCGUGGCCAUUACAUUUCUUGGUUCCAAGGAUGUGCGCCAGGCGAAGGAAAUUUUGAAAUGGACUAGCACUGGGACGACUGCAGUGUCGGCGAAUUCAACACUUUCUUUGGCAGCUGGCGACAGAGUUGGUGGUGAUGUUUUCGAGAAGGUCCGAGAGCUCGCAAACAGCAAGGAAAUCUCGUCGAACGGUAGUGUCGCAUGCUCUGCAGCACAGGAAAAGUCGCAGACCUCCUCUGCGGGUUUCACGCCGAAAGGAAAAGGCAAGGGCAAAAAGGGGAAAGGCAAGGGAAAGCAAGGUGGAGAGACGAGAGAUACCGCCUCAACACAUAAGCGUGAUCGUGAACAACAGAGAGCCGGAGUAUCAGCCGCGUCGUUCGACACGGAAAAAGACGACGCCGCCGGGGAAGGGGGAGCAUUGGACGAAAACGAGCCGGCAGCAAAACGAGCAAAGCUUCCAGAACGGGCCGCAGGCGGUGACCAGACGAAAAACGAGCAGGAGCACGUAGGUGACUCCUGGACCACUGCAGGGACGGAGCAGGGUCAGCAGAGCAGCUCUGCCAAAAGGCGAGCACGCAGAAAACAAAACCAGUUGCAGCGAAAGAACGAAGAAAAAUGAUACAGCAGCUGCUAGUGCGCGACCGCUUGGGUAGUUCAGAUGCCUUUUAAGAGUACAGAACUGCCACUGAUGUUGCCUAAAUAUGCAAAUACGUUGUAAGUGAUCCGAAAUUGGUCUUCUUCGACAUGACGAGU